GGUUAGCACACCAGACAGAAAUAUCUCUCUUACAAGCCAACGCAAUAAAACCGAUCGUUUAUGAACGCUGGAUCCUUCGUUUGAGAAAUGGUUUGACACUCAAACCACUGUCUGCCCAGAAAAGAAUUCAACGGGCAUCUAAGAUUGUAUGUAUCCGAGGUUGAAUAUAUGAGGGAGGAAGUGGAGGAUUCCCCCGAAGAUGAGACGACUGUAUCGGAAGAAGGCUCUCAAUCUGGUGAAAGAACUGGACGCUUUCCCCAAGGUUCCGGAGAGCUACGUGGAAACGACGGCGAGCGGGGGGACAGUGUCGAUAAUAGCCUUCACCGCCAUGGCCCUUCUGGCUCUCUUCGAGUUCUUCGUGUAUCGGGACACCUGGAUGAAGUACCAGUACGAAGUAGACAAGGAUUUUUCCAGUAAAUUAAGAAUAAAUAUAGAUAUAACAGUUGCAAUGCGAUGUCAGCAUGUUGGUGCCGAUGUAUUGGACUUGGCAGAGACCAUGGUGGCAUCCGAUGGUCUUCAGUACGAGCCAGUCGUCUUUGAACUUUCUCCCCAGCAAAGACUCUGGCACAGGACUCUCCUGCUCAUUCAGAACAGACUGCGGGAGGAACACUCUCUUCAGGAUGUCCUGUUCAAGAGCGUGUUGAAGGGCUCCCCCACCGCCCUGCCCCCGCGUGAGGAUAACCCCACCCAGCCCCUUGGCGCCUGCAGGAUACACGGACACCUGUACGUCAACAAAGUGGCGGGAAACUUCCACAUCACAGUCGGCAAGGCCAUCCCCCACCCUCGUGGCCAUGCCCACCUAGCAGCUCUUGUAAGCCAUGAAACAUACAACUUCUCUCAUCGAAUAGACCAUUUGUCAUUCGGAGAGGAGGUUCCGGGCAUCAUUAAUCCCCUGGACGGCACCGAGAAAGUCUGCACGGACCACAACCAGAUGUUCCAGUACUUCAUCACCGUAGUGCCCACCAAGCUGCACACGUACAAGAUCUCCGCCGAGACCCACCAGUACUCUGUCACAGAAAGGGAGCGGGUGAUAAACCACGCAGCAGGCAGCCAUGGUGUUUCAGGGAUCUUUAUGAAGUAUGACAUCAGCUCUCUGAUGGUGACAGUGACCGAGCAGCACAUGCCUCUCUGGCAGUUCCUGGUGCGACUGUGCGGCAUCAUCGGGGGCAUCUUCUCCACCACAGGCAUGCUCCACGGGCUGGUGGGCUUCUGUGUGGAUGUCAUCUGCUGCCGCUUCAAACUGGGCGUCUACAGACCCAAGGAGGUCAGCUUCCCAGAUGGCCACAUGAAUAACCACAGCCCUUUACUUUCUGAGAAUAGCAAGCACUAACAGGAGUGGGGGCUGCCCCUCCCUCCUCAUUGGUCCAUUUUUCUCCCACUGGAAUUCUGUGCCCGGAGCACCUGUCUGGAGGCGUUAGCAGCCCAGGCGCGCGGGGAAAGCAUUUUUAAACCCAUUGGCCGACCUUUUUGCUACAAAAAUUUUCUUAUGCAGCCGACGGGAGCAAAACCACUCAGACAAAAUUACAGAAAAAAAAAAAACAAGAAAAUCUCCGGAGCAUUGCCUGAGCGUUUGCGUGGAGUUUUCAUUCCGUUUCUUUAUCGUCAUCUCUGAAUCGUUAUCCUCGAGUCCCUCGUUACUGUACACAACUACUGUACUGUGUAAGGCCUGUUCUGCUGGGCUUUCCUAGCGCUGCUCGGAAGAGGAAGCCAGCGUAUUACAAAGGGGAGGGGGGGUGUGAUGCGCACAGGACAUUACACUGUGUUUUAUGGGUCCAGAUUUUGUGUGCCAAAUGUUUAUAA